AGCUCGCAUGGAAAUGAACGCAUCAAUGUGGAUGAGAGCAUUAUCUGUAACGAGGAGUGCGUAGAUCUCGUUGAUGGACUUUCAAAGGACACGGGGAAGAGCAGACAGAUAAAUGGAAGGCCUUCGAAACGAAAUGUCGGCAAGCAGGGCCCGUCGAGUUUCAGCACACGACCACUCGAGUACCGGUCGAACAAUAAUACGAGGCUAAGAUCUCUGGCUCCAAUGAAUCGCAUGGAUAUCCCAAGUGAACAGGGAGCUCAUCACUUUGAAAGGCAGACAAUCGAUCGUAUAUGUCCUGGUCAAGCAAGCUCUCGUCGAGCGUCGUUGCCAGAUAACCUGUUCUCCUCAGCAAACAUGGGCCAUUCGAUAUCAAACCUUUCACCAGAUCUCAACGGAAAUGCAAGCGCUAUUGCUGUGCUUCCAACAAACCCUCAACUGUACGCUGAUAUGGGUGGCUCAGUCCAGCACAUGAAGAAGGAAAUGAAACUGGAUGCCCCAGUUUCGGGGCUCCAGACAAAUCAAGAUACGAUCAACUUGAUGAAAAGACCGGCCGAAGGCAGCAAUGCACCCCAGAAGAAAAGCAGAAAGACCAAAAGUCACAACGAUGUUGAGGAAUCAGACCGUGAUCAUGAUUAUUAUUCUGGCAGCGGUGAGGUUGAGAAAAAGAAAGAAGAGACAUUCGCAUGUCCGUUUUACAGAAAGGAUCCAGUUCGCUUUCUUGAGUGCAUAAAUCUCAGAAUGGUUACUAUUUCAACCGUCAAGCAGCAUCUGAAGAGACGACAUGCAGCAAACUCGCAUUGCCCGGUCUGCAAUAAAGGCUUUCCCUCGUCAAAGGUAUUCGAGGACCAUGUACGGAAAGGGAGCUGUUCUCGCAGUAAAACAAAUAGCUUGGAUAGCAUACCUCCUCAUAUCUUGGAUGCUCUCAGGUUUCGUUCUGACAGACGUAUGUCAUCUAUGACUCAGUGGCACGAAAUCUGGGUGCUUUUGUUUGGGGAGUCGGAUACUACACCCAAGCCGCUUCUGGACGGAAUUGCCAAAGAGAUGACAGGAAUAAUUCGCGAUAUCUGGAGUCAAGACGGCAAUCAGAUUGUUUCAAACUAUGUCCAAACACGAGGUCUACCAGCUGGUUCAGGAGAAAUGUUGUCUUUACUACUAGAGCUUCUCGACAGAGUUGAGGAUCGAUUUGAAAACAAGCCGCUCCUAAAUGAGUCUGGCAAACAGCUUUCUGGUAUCAAAAGGCCUCUGAUGGAAGCCAACAUAGGAGCAAGAGACGACUCACGCCAGGACUCUGCAACUCUUGCCCACUACCCCUAUCGGGGGUUCAAUGUGUCAGACUUUGCAAAUGUCGAGACUUCAACCUUCCGAUCCAGCGAUCCUCUCAUGUCAAUUUCCGUUGCUGAAGACUCUUACGAUACCCAAUCAGCUGGGGUAGCGUUCGAACCAAGGGAGAACUGCUCUGAGUACGCGGCUAGUAGCUUUCCAGCGUAUACAGAGCCAUUGCUGUGUAUGACAGUAUUAAAUCCUACCGAUCAUCCUUAUGAUAUCUUCAGACAAGGCCCUCUAUCACAAAUGGCUAGGCCAGAGAUCGAUCAAGAUUGGCCUGGGCUCUCUGAUGACUAUUCUCUCAGUUUCUUGGAGGAGUAAACGAUCAGCUUGGUAUCUAUUCGAACAUGGAGGAAUUGCAUCCGCCAAUGUUUUAAGGACUUGCGGAAAGGUCGAUAUGCCUUUAAGAGCUAUAUUAUUAGAUAUAGCCUACCAUAUAUAAGGAUGAAGUCUUAGUUAUUAUUUUAUACCUCUGUUUGGAAGUAGCUUAACCGUUCUUAUCCCGCUGGAGUUGGUAAAAUUUAGAUUAUACUUAUCACUGAACCUUGAACCCGC